AUGUGCCUCCUCAAAUCCCUCGUGGCAGCGGUCGCCCUCUUGGGCGCCCACGCCCAAGCCGCCGGUGUGUCAGGCACCGCAAUCGGCUUCGCAUCAGGCACAACCGGCGGCGGCAGUGCGGUCGCCGCUGCGCCUAGCGAUACCACCGAGUUGACCAAGUGGUUGACCGACAGCACCCCGCGUACCAUCCUCAUCGACAAGGAGUUCAACUACCUCGGCACGGAGGGCAAGUGCACCGACUGCAAGUGCUGUAUCCCUGAAUCCAACACCUGCGGCAGCGCUGGCCAGAAUGCCAUCGAUAACUCCGACUGGUGUGGCAGCUACCCAACUACCACUUGUACUUACGACAAAGCUGGCAUUGAGGGUAUCAAUGUUGCGUCGAACAAGUCUAUUGUCGGUGUUGGCAGUAAUGGCGUCAUUCGUGGUAAGGGUCUCCGCUUGACCGGUGUUAGCAAUGUUAUCAUUCAGAACAUUCACAUCACCGAGUUGAACCCUCAGUUCAUCUGGGGUGGUGAUGCCAUUACUCUCGAUGGUACCAACAACAUCUGGAUUGAUCACGUCAAGGUCAACCUCGUUGGCCGUCAGAUGUUCGUCUCUGGUUAUGAGGCUAGCGGCGCGGUCACCAUCUCCAAUUCUGAAUUUGACGGCCAGACCAGCUGGUCCUCCUCCUGCGACGGCCACCAUUACUGGACAGUCCUCGGAUACGGUAAAGACGACCAAGUAACAUUCACCGGAAACUACAUCCACCACACUUCCGGCCGCUCCCCCAAGCUCGAAUUCAACAGCUUCUGGCAUGCCUACAACAACUACUGGUUCAACAACACCGGCCACGCCUUUGACAUCGGUGAAAGCACCAACGCUCUAAUCGAAGGCAACGUCUUCCACCAAGUCAAGACCCCCAUGCUAGAGGACAGCUCGCCAGGCGCAACCUUCGCCGUGAGCUCCAGCUCAGCCGCAACCUGCAAAUCCAAGCUUGGCCGCGACUGCGCACCAAACUCCCUUGUCCAAUCCGGCACCCUUUCCGCUAGCGAUGAGUCCGUGCUGAGCGCCAUGCCCAAGGGCGAAUCCAGUGUCAACGUCCUGGCUGCUAGCCGCGUCCGCUCAUCCGUUCUGUCCAAUGCUGGUGUUGGUAAGCUCAGCUCGUCGAACUCAAAACGCCAGUUCAGGGGUCAGAUUGCCCCUGUGCUUUCCUCUGCUGGUCCUGGUGCUUCGCCUGCCGGUCCUAAGCCUACUUGGAGCUGGAGGACUGUUGGCGUUAAGCCUACUCCUUCCUCCUUCCCUACUGCCUUCCCUACUGCUUUCCCUACUGAGUCUCCUCAGGGUUCCCCCUUUGGUGGUAAGGGUGGGGGUGCUGGUCCUUCCGGUGGUUUCCCUUUCGGUUGGUUCUAA